AGUGUCUUCUAUUCCUUACGCGUUCGCUCAUCAAUGUCAAAGCAGACCGAUAGUAAUACACAGAACCAUAAAAUAUUACUGGGGACUUGACAGGUCCAGACUUCAUUCUAAAGGUUCUUAGACUUGACACAUGGGCAGUUAUCCAAUGUUUACCAUCUUCAUCAAAGGAAAAUAAAAUCAACUUGAUUGAAAUUCAUCAAACUGCACAGGAAUACAGAUUUGUUUAUACCAAAGGGAGUUUACCACAGUGUUGUUCCAUAUCAAGGAUCUUAUUAUAAUAUCUGGAAUUAUACGAGAGCCCGGGAACAGCGUAUGAGCCUUGUCCAUGGCUCAAAGGUUUGAGAAUGAUCUCCCGGCACACUACCCCGGGGGUGGGGGUCUGGGAGGGAUGCCGGACGGUAUGUACGACCGGUCCCUCCCAAACCACCCCCUUCAUCAACAGUCAUCGAUGCAUCAUUACCCCCCAUACUCCACCAACAGCUCUAUGCCCCCCGUUAACUCAUCUCAGGACUCGCAGUUAAAAAGAGAUAAGGAUGCAAUAUACGGGCAUCCAUUAUUCCCAUUAUUAGCCCUCAUAUUUGAAAAAUGUGAGCUAGCGACCUGUACCCCUCGGGAACCCGGAGUGGCCGGAGGAGACGUGUGUUCCUCCGAAUCUUUCAACGAAGACAUAGCAGUUUUUAGCAAACAAGUUUUAGCCCGGUCAGAAAAACCUUUAUUUUCCGCAAAUCACGAAUUGGAUAGCGUGAUGAUUCAAGCUAUACAGGUGUUACGAUUUCAUUUAUUGGAACUAGAAAAGGUGCACGAACUUUGUGACAAUUUCUGUCAUCGGUACAUCAGUUGUUUAAAAGGAAAAAUGCCGAUAGAUUUAGUGAUAGAUGAACGAGAGGGGGGAAGCACCACGUCCAAAUCUAGUUCGGAUAAUCCGCCGGAUCCAACGGAAGGGGUGGACCAACAGCGUCCUCCCUCCCAGAGCCUGACCUUUGGGCCACAGGAAGACACCCAGUCCUCGCGGUCUGGGGACACACCCAUUACACCUAGUCAAUCAAAUGCAACAUCAAAUUCAUCUCACAAUGCAGACAACAUCAGUGAAUCAGGGGAAGGUCUAGACAAUAGUGUCGGAUCAGGGGAGGGAACUGCAGAUGAAGAUUCUGAGGACCGUGCCAAUUCAAAACGUCAGAAAAAGAGGGGCAUUUUCCCAAAAGUGGCAACAAAUAUCAUGAGAGCUUGGCUCUUUCAGCAUUUAACACACCCAUAUCCCUCAGAAGAGCAGAAAAAGCAAUUGGCCCAGGACACCGGGUUAACUAUUCUCCAAGUCAAUAACUGGUUCAUAAAUGCUAGGAGAAGAAUUGUUCAACCGAUGAUUGACCAAUCAAAUCGAGCAGGCAAGUCACCUGUUGUUACUGUGUUCAAAUCACGGAGGUGUAAGUCUUCAACAAGUCAGUCUCCUCCCGAUAUCUCGCCAGCUCCAGGGGGCCAUGGAGGAUACAGUCCUGAUAGCAUGGGCUGGGAUGGGCAGGCAAUGGCCCACAUGGGCUCACACAUGCUGCAAGGUAGACCCGGAGCAGAUAUGUAUGACCCAAUGAAAACAGGCUAUCACCACAUGGAUGGCUCACAGAGAUAUGACAUGUUAGGCGUCCAGGGCAUGGGCGAUAUGUAUGGAGCACCCCCUGUCAGUGGCAGCAGUUCUUAUUCCCAAAUGUCGCAGUUACGUCCGCCCGUACACUCGCAAGCUAUGUUAAUACCCGGCCACCCUCACCACAUGAUGAUGGGUCAUGGGGCUCCAGGAAUGAGCCCUCACGCAAUGUCAAUGAGUUCUACCCAGAGCCCACCUCUACAUGGCAGCAUGGACAGUAUGGGAGCACAUAUACAGGACAUUCAUGCAGGGUAGAUGCAAUGACAGUGGCCCCACAUGACAUCAAACAAAAAGUAUUAGUGGAAGACAGGACUUCCUUUUUCACCGCCUAUCAGCACAUUAAAAAAUAAGAUUUAAUACAUGAAUGAUUUGCAGUUAAAAACUACAAAUCAUUCAGACAAAUUUUUUGUUUUGUUUUGAGACAUAAUAAUGAGAAAAAAAAUGUCACAGUGAUCUCGUUGUGGCCAAGUAUUGGAGGAAUGAAAUUCCUGGACGGUGGAACUCAGUAUGCUAGUCACAGACGUCGGUGCCGCUUAUCUGGAUCUACUCGUCUGGAUCUGGGCGGAGGAUGGCUGACGUCUCCGCUUCCUCUCAGUUUUUCUCAAUGAUCUGUAUGGACUUUUUUUUUUUUUUUUAACUCGCAGUAGGUGCAAGAAUCACUUGAUUUUUCAGAAGUAUUAGGUGCUGGGUAAUACAGCAUCAGAAUUUCUUGUGUUUUCCAAUAAAGUAUUAUGAUUUGGGGGCAGAUUUGAGCUGCCUGUUUUAUUUCUUUGUCACUGAUGACAUUGUCACAAGGAUACCUCAUCUUGUAUGCUAUAUAUAUAUAUAUAUAUAUAGUUCAAUGGCCAUGACUAAUUAUAUAAACAAUAAUUUACAUGCAUUCCAUUUCUUUGUGGUACUGGUUGUGGCCAUUUUUGUAUUUUUGUUCUGUGUCUUUUUUUUUCUAUCUCAAACAAAUCAAGUGUCAUUUCUUUUUCUAUUAAUUGAACAACAAAAUGCUAAUGAUCAAAGGACCAGACAUGUGGCCGUAUUAACCAAUCAGAAAUUGGGGCAUAGAAGAGAACGUAUCAUCACAGCCAAUCAAUUUGAAGCUUUAAUAUUACCUCAAUAUUAGAUUUCUGUUGUAAAAAAUAUGAAAGUUUAUUCAUUUAGAUGGUUUUGUAUUUAAUAUGGUGCAUGUUUGAACAGAGAAGUAUUUGGUGCAUAUAAUGGACUUGUACAUUAGGACUGGGAAUGAUGAAUGAAAUGAAAGAGAGGCUUGAAUCAAGUCAUGGAGUUUUACUUUUGUUUUCUUAUUUUCCUGUUUUUUGUUUGUUUAUUUUGUAACUGAGUAUUAAUAAAGAUUUGAUUUGUUGCCAAGUAACACACAAGAUUGUAUUUUGUUUGGUCAAAUCGGAAAAUUAAGGUUAUUUUCUUAAAAUGAUCAAAACUCCUGCUCUGCCAUUUCAUUUUCUCUUUGUGCUGCCACGUGGUAGAACAUUUGUGGUGUGGCCAAAUCAACAUUUCAACAGUAUUCGUUUUCCUCUUUUGUUGAUUUUUUUUUUGCAUAAUAAAUUAUUUUCUAGUAUUUUUUGAUUGAUGUUGAGUUUUAAGUUUGCAUUAAUUUAAACAAUUACACGUGAAACAAAGAAAAUAUUCCUAUGAUAUUUCAAAUCAUGGAAAGAUAUAAAUUAUGUAUUAUGAUGUACAUACAAAAGUAAAUUCUUGGUUUCACUGAUUUUUUUUUUCCAAUUGUUUUAUUUACUGCUGACUACCCACAAUCCCAUGGAUGAAUGUUGCCGGGGAUAUGACAAUCACAUGAUACAGCAACAAAAUCGGAUUGGCCAAUGAGUGUGUUCUGUUAUUUGUGUGUGAGUGUCUGGGUGAGUUGGGAGUUUGCUAAAGCUUGGAUGCUUAGUUCUAGGGAAUUUUUAAUGAGAUUGUCACGUAUUUGAGAAAAAAAAUUCCAGAAGAAAAAAAAAUAAAAUGUUGUACUAUGCUAA